ACAGUGACUAAGGACAGUCAUUUUUCCAAGCGCACUGACAAGGGGUCGAAGAAACCAACUGCAGUAAUCCUCGUUACUUGAGUUCAUAUUUAUAUAUUUAUCUAUUUAUUUUGACUAUCGCUUUGGGAUGAGUGGAUUGCCUCUGAAGUUUUUCUGGGUGGCAGCACUUAGCUCACUCCUGUUUGCCCUGGAGCUACGGGCUUCGCCGGUCGUAGCGCAGGAACCGAUUCGCUGUGCCCCGUGCUCCCCGGAACGGCUCGCGGAGUGUCCGGCGGUGGAUCCUCAGUGCGAGGAAGUUCUGCGGGAGCCCGGCUGCGGCUGCUGCCUCGCCUGCGCACUGAAAAAGGGAGAUUUGUGCGGAAUCCAUACUGCACCGUGUGGCUCCGGACUCCGCUGCUUACCAAAACCCGGAGAAGCACGGCCCCUGCACGCCCUUACCCGGGGCCAAGCCGUCUGCACGGAGAUCUCUGGGCAAAGUCAAACCACACAAACACCAGUUCAUUCAGAGCAAGGCGACCACGAGUUGGAGAGUCGGAACGGAGCGACGGCGUCAGAAGAAUUUGGCUCCCCUCUGUUUCUACCCGGUCAUGGCAAACCUUUAGACCCGCGGGUUGUGGCCGGAGCUCAAGAGAGUAUGAAGGCGAAAGUCAACGCCAUUCGGAGAAAAUUUAUUGAGCAGGGUCCAUGUCAUGUGGAGCUGCACAGGGCCCUGGAGAAGAUUGCGAAAUCUCAGCAGAAACUAGGAGAUAAACUGACCAGAUUUUACCUCCCCAACUGUGACAAAAAGGGUCUCUACAAAGCCAAACAGUGUGAGUCAUUCCUGGAUGGACAGAGGGGGAAAUGUUGGUGCGUGUCAGCGUGGAACGGGAAAAAGAUCAUGGAUUUAAACGACCUCCCAGCAGAUGCUGACUGUCCCCAGGAAGCUAACCACUGAUAAGCAAAAAAACAAACAAACAAACAAACAAACACAUGCCUCUGAUUUUCCUUUUAUAUCUUCUAUUUAUUUAUUAAUUUUUGUGUUAUUUGAUUCAGGUACACUGUUUUUGAUUUGAUAACACAGACUCCCUAUCCCACCAAAAAAAAAAAAAAAAAGACAAACAAACAAACAAAACAAAGCAAACAAAUGUUUGUUUGUUUUUUUAAAGGAAAACGAUUUUGUGUGUAUUUACAUGAAGUAUCCUGAUUUAUUUAUUUAACUGAAUGUAUUCAUACUGAUUUUUUUGGAUAAGAAUAUUUAUUCUUUGUAUCUUAUUCUUAUUUUUGUAUUGUGUAAAGGAAAAAAAAGAACCGUGUUUAUUAAGUGUUUUUGACUAGCCAUCUCACUUGUCUUACCUCUCCUUCACUAUUGCACUGUGGGAAGUGAAGAAGACGAAUCCUAACCACUGCAUGACCAAACACGUAUGUCACUCUUUCCGCAUCUUUUCAUUGGUUCCUCUGUGUUUUUCCAGUUGAUUGAUACAACCAGUUGUAAGUGAGGAGAGUUUAGUGUGUUUGUGGGCAUUCACCACCUACAUAACAGGUAUAUACCUGUUUCUACCUCUCUCUUUGAGUUUAGCUUUUUUUUUCUGUUUUUGAGGCCUUUUCCUGCAAUUUGAUGGUUUUGAUACACAGCUGUAGGAACACUUGAGGUUGACUUUUUGUUUUGUUUUUUUGGGGGGGGGGGUUUGGUUUGGUUUCUCUCUGAAACACACUGUCUGUGUGAGUGUGACUAAGUACAGAGCUGUGAUCUGUGUUUGAUGGUUGUCUGAAAUCUUCUUUAAUUUGUUUGUUAGGUUUUUUUCUUUCUUUUUUUUUUGCAGUUCUGACACUCUCUACUGUAUGUAAGAGAGAUGUUGUCAUUGUUUUGUUCCAAAGCAUUAUUUUGUGCAUAUUCAUUUUUAAUAUAUUGUAAAUGUGAUGAAUUGUGGUAAAAUUAUAUAUUUAAUAAAAUGUUCCAACUUUUA